AUGCAACGGCAGUACCCAUUGUUGCCCCUAGACUUCCUCUAUACAAACGAAGAUGUAUGUAAUCAACCAAUCCACGUUGGAUAUCCAACAGGCGGCAAUACCGUUCCCUUCAAAUACGUCGUAUCUCAUACUGGUAUUUUCUCCGCCGCAGCGGUCUUCUCGCAGCCAGUAAACGUGAGCUGGAUGAAUGGCAGUGUUGAAGUACCUCUCGGCUAUAUGUCGCUUUCGAUCCUGUAUGCUUCCAAUAAACGGGCAACGAUCAAUGAUACCACGACCCUUCUACAUCGCGGAUCAAAACGCCUUCGGCCGCUUCACGAGCUCAAUGAUUACUUCACAAAAUUUUACUUGGAAAUUACAGAGUUCCAAUCUGAAUGUCCAGGCGAUGAAGUUCCCCACCCCCGCAUGAUUUUGGUGCAACUGACAAGGAGUCUUGUUAAGGCGCGAAUGAUUUUGACGGCAAUGUCAUUCUCGAGGACAUGCAAUUACCCAGCGACAAUCCUGGGGGGAGGUAUUGAUUUUGUGGCGGUUACGCAGUUGAACAAUACAAGCCCUUUCGCACUGGAGCUGGGAACAGUAGUUUUUGACCUUGCGUCUACCAAAAUGUUUAUCUUGGUACUGGAACGGGGUUCAAUACCAAUAUUAUCUAUCAACUUGCUUCAGGUCCCUGGUCGUAAUAACAUCACGUUGAACGGUAUUUUGCUUUUCACCAAUCACAUCAAUUUCGAAAGUUCGCCUGUCAUUGCAGUGGGCAAGUCAACAUUGCAGCCUGAUGGGUUUGGAAAGCCUUCAGUUCACGGUUUGCCCUUCAAGUCAACCACACCGAUCAACCCCAAUUCGGUCUAUCCAGAUAGGGAGCAUGGCGCUUGCAUUCACUUCAGAGACGACAUGGACCCCGCGAACGGACAUAACCAUCUUGCCGCGCAGCGCCUGGGUGCCACCAACGUCUUCAAAUCACUGUGCCGAGCCCGACAGACACCCGAGGGCACCAUUAACAUCACCAUUUUAAACAGUGUUUUGAAUGCCGCAGAUCCAGAGCAUGAUUCUACCACGACUGACUUUCUGCUGGUUGGCAAUUCUCGCGCGGUCACGAACACGAGCAUCGGUCAAAUUACUCUCGACCCUAUCAAGGUCAACGGGUCGACCAGUCUCAAUGGCCUGCAAGGUCCGAAGGGGUAUACCACCAUUGGGGCUGUCGACCUUAUGGGAGGGACCCAGCAAGCCCUUAAUUUUAGCAUCGAUGAACUCCAGCUGCAACGCGGUGGUGCAAUCUUCGGAACGGCACUGAUGCCCAACUUAACAAUGAGCAUGGGGAAUAACUCGCCUAACAACUCACCCGAAGGACUGCAAACACUCAGCCAGUUUGUUGGCGGUCAAGUGGGAGUACACAGGUCGCUUUCUCUCCUGGAGGCCUUUGAAAGUAUGAACAUCACCGCCACGCUCCCUGGCCUCAACUCCAGUCUUUUGUCAACGGGUUUCUUUGGAGAUCAGGUCGCCGUAGCGCUCGUUAAUCCUUUCGCUGCAGGCUUCGACAUCACCAGUAUCUCAUCUAACGUCAUGUCGCAUGGCUUGUACCUUGGUUCCAUCAAUACUGCCACGAAUUUCAAGUCUGCAGGGAAAUCAACUGCGAAGUCUCCCGUUCUCGACAUGACCAUGAACUACGAUCCGCCAACGCUCUUCACACUGACUCGCCGUGCUUGCCGUGCAGGCAGUUCUUGGGGAUUAUCAGGAUUCAAUCUGCCGAAUUUUGUUGACCAAGUGUUCAAGCAGUUGAGGAGUGACAUACAACUAUCUUCACAGCUAACGAUUGGCAGUACUGUUGCAGGGAACUACGCGACGACACUAGUACUCAGUUAUACUCAGACUGAUGUCCCUAUUUCUGCGGACAGCAGCCUCAACUUAAUCCUGCUCAUCUUGGCGAAACCUAUCGUCCAGAAGGUCCUCAAUUACGUGCUGACUAAGCUGUGGAAAGGGCCGAUAGGACCCUUGGUUAUGCCAAAUAACGAAUCGUUUGAAUCGGUCAUUUCUGGCGAUAACCUGACUGGUACGUUCAUGCUGGGUACAACUGCGUUGUCGCUUACGAGCAUUUGGCGGAUACAUAGUGCUCUUGGUGUGCCCCAAGGUAUCGAAGUAUCCGGCAUCUCUCUUCCUUCCAAAGCGGUCGCCUUGAAGGGCUUCCGAGUCAAUGGUCUUAAGAAUGGUGUGGUCAUCGAUUCCUUCGAUCUCCCAUUCAACGACCCUGCUGGCGGAAUCCAUUUGACGAUUAAUUCAGAGGUCAUCAAUCCUUCUCGAGUUGGCAUUGAACUCAGCUCCCUUGCGUUCAAUACCUAUUCCAACGGCAUUGAGAUAGCUCCGGUCUCUUCAACUUCGACUGUCACGCUAGCGCCAAAUUAUACCUCAUCACUCGGGUCAGCUGGUCGGCUCAUUCCGCAGAACUCUUUAGAAGGGUUCGCGACUGUUUCCGCUAUUUUCAACAACUACAUUCAUGGCAUGGACAGUCAGGUCACCGUUUAUGGCGCUGGUGCUGGCCCGAGCGAUUUGAAUGAAGGUAUACAAACCAUUCGGGUGGUGACAUCGCUGCCGAACAAAGGAAAGCUUAACAUCAUCCAGUCGAUCGAUCUCGAACAGUCGUCUCUCAUGUUCACCGAGGCCACCGCAUACGAUCCAAUGUCAGGCAGUAAUUUGACCACUGCUGCCUUUCGCUUUCCCAGUCGAUAUCACGGCGCUUGCGCAGAAUAUUACUGCUGGGCAUCUUUUGCUGAACUGGUGAUCCCACGGGGCCCCAGCACGACUGAUGUUCAGAAUCGUAUCAUUUACUUGACGUUUAACGAUGAUCCGUUUGCUGUGUAUUCUGACCAGCAUGAGACUUUCCAGAAUUUCAUAGCUGCUACGACGCUAGGAUCUUCGCAAGGGUUGGCGCUGUCGGGCACUGCGAACGCCGAUGCGUCUACGGCCGUUGGCAUGUUGUCUCUUGUGGACAUUGAAUUUUCUGUGCAAUCUACGAUCACGGGAUUGCAAGGGCUCAAGGUGAAACCUGCCUCUGUUGCCAAUCUGGACGUCAAUUACGGAUAUUCGGAUUACCUGUUGAUUACAGUGGACGCUUCACUUUUCAACCCGAGAAACCAAGUCAUUGGUUCUGCCGAUUUGUAUCCGUUAGACGUCCAUCGCUCCCCUCAAGGAGCUGCGCAAACAGCGGCAGCAAUGCUCGGGAACCACCUUCAGGGCGUCGAUUCGCAAACAACCAUCAUGGGGACCUCUAGUUCCACUUCGAUCGGCUCUUUGGAACCGGCUCUUGCGCAGAUCAAUUUGUCACCAGUGACUAUCCCGGCUUUGCACCAGAACCUCAUUGGCAGUGCUUCCCUUGGAUUUCCCACUGAUAUCGUUCAAACUGGUGUGGCGUCGACGACUUUCACUUUGGCAAAUCCGUUCACGGCCAGCAUCAAUCUGCUUGAAGUCACUGCAAUCGCGACCUACCACAACCUGACCCUUGGCGCUAUCAAUCAUGUUGACAUGUCUUCAAACCCAAUCCAUGCUAAUGGACAUUCCAAUAUUACGUCGCUUGUCCUUCCGUUCAACUUUAACCUCGACCCGUUGACCAUCAUUGGGUUGAUCACCACUUCCGCUCAAGAGCGCAACGUCGACCUUGGCCCUCUGACGAGAUUAUUCCGGCUAGUUAUUGAUAACCCGAGCUUCCACCCACCUGUGCGUUGA